CCAUUUUUCUCUCUUCCUUCUUCUCCCCUUCUUCCUCCUUCCUUCUCACCUCCCAAAUGUUACUACUAAAAGCUUAAGCUAGUCCAUUCACCACUUUAGUCCCACAUCGGAUAAAUCCAAGUCCAUCGUCGUCCUUAUAUCUCCUCUUCUUCUUCGGCAUGCUCCGCUCCAUCCACUCCCUCCUCCCGAGCCCCAAUCGCCGAACACUUUCCAUCCUUCUCUUGACCUCCAUCCUCUGCCUCCUCUCUUAUCUCCUCGGUCUCUACAUCCACUCUCGCCCCUCCGCCGCCGUCUCCAUUGCCUCCGCCGGCCCACCCUCCUCCGACUGUCCCAUCAUCGCCUCCCCUCUCCUCCCCCCUGCCCUCAUCUUCCUCCCUCGCCAUGCUGCUGCUUCCUCCUUCCCUCCCUCCCUUCCCCCUCCCUGAUCUCCCCUUUUGCCCCUCCAACUUCACCGACUACUGCCCCUGCCAAGACACCACCCGCGAGCGCCGCUUCUCCAUGCGCUCUCUUUUCCAUCGUGAGCGCCACUGUCCCGAUCCCGAUGAGCGUGUUCGAUGUCGCAUUCCUAGGCCUCGUGGGUACCGCCGCACCGUCCCCUGGCCGGAGAGCCGGAACUAUGCUUGGUUUGCCAAUGUGCCGUCUAAGAGAUUGACUGAGAGUAAGAAAGAUCAGAACUGGAUCAGGCUGGAGGGUGACCGGCUUGUGUUUCCCGGCGGUGGGACUUCGUUCCCUUAUGGUGUUAAGUCGUAUGGCAACGAGAUGGCAAAGCUUGUGCCUUUGAAGUCGGGGGAGGUUCGCACUGUGCUUGAUAUUGGUUGCGGGGUUGCCAGCUUCGGAGGUCAUUUGGUUGACUAUAAUAUUUUGACAAUGUCAGUUGCUCCUAGGGAUGUACAUGAAGCUCAAGUGCAGUUUGCUCUUGAACGGGGACUGCCAGCAAUGCUUGGCGUCCUAAGUACUUACAGGCUUCCUUAUCCAUCGAGAUCAUUUGAUAUGGCACAUUGUGCACGGUGUCUGAUCAAAUGGGCUGGUCAUGAAGGUUCCUAUUUAAUGGAAAUCGACAGGGUUCUUCGACCUGGUGGAUACUGGGUCCUGUCUGGACCACCAAUAAAUUGGAAGAACUCGUAUAAGGGUUGGGGGAGGACAGCUCAGGACCUGGAAGAAGAGCAGCUUGCUAUUGAGAGUCUUGCUAAACGGCUUUGUUGGAAGAAGACUGUGGAGAAGGGUCCAAUUGCAGUAUGGAGGAAACCCACAAAUCAUGUCCACUGUCUCAAGAAGUCAAAGAUUCUUAAAUCUCCUCCAUUCUGUGCCAGAACUGACCUGGAUGCUGCUUGGUAUGAAAGGCUGGAGUCAUGCAUUACCCUUCUUCCAAAUGUGGACAAAAUUGAUGAGAUAGCAGGUGGCACUCUAGCGAAGUGGCCAAAAAGAUUAACUGCUGUACCACCAAGGAUAAGCAGUGGGACCAUCAGUGGAGUUACAUCUCAGACUUUCAAUCAUGACAAUCAAAUAUGGAACCAUAGAAUCUCGCACUAUGCUGCAUAUAUCAGCUCAAUCAAAGGCAGUAGAUACAGAAAUAUCAUGGACAUGAAUGCUGGUUUAGGUGGUUUUGCAGCUGCGUUGUCCAAGUAUCCUGUCUGGGUUAUGAAUGUGGUUCCUACUGCAAAGAAUAACACUCUUGGUGUCAUCUAUGAGCGUGGUUUUAUUGGAACAUAUAUGGACUGGUGUGAAGCCUUCUCAACAUACCCUCGCACAUAUGAUUUCAUACAUGCUGAUUCCGUAUUCAGUUUAUACAUGGACAAGUGUGACAUCGUGGAUAUUUUGCUUGAAAUGGAUCGAAUCCUUCGGCCAGAGGGAGCAGUUAUAAUCCGGGACCAUGUCGAUACUAUUGGAAAAGUGAAGAAAGAGGCUGACCGUCUGAAAUGGCAAUGCCGAAUUGUUCACAAUGAGAAGGGCCCUUUUGAUACUGAAAAGUUACUCAUUGUCGACAACUCUGUAGUGCUAGCUUCAAGCCAGGGUUCUUGAAAAUAAUUUGGCCAUCAAGAACAUUGUCAGACAAUAAUCUAGCACAACCAAGCUGAAUUCUUCUUGUCUUCACAUCCCUCUCUGUGGCUACACAGAAUAAUCGAAAGGAUGGAUGAAGAGGAUGAUUGCCAUUUUUGUCAUCAAAUUUGUCGAGCUUUGCUGCUGGACCUUCAAUUUUAUUGAACUCUGGUGGCACUAAUUGAGAUCAAUCAUUCAAGUGAAGUAUUGAACACAAGAAGGUGUUCAAUCAUCAGCUUAAGAUUUAUUAUAGUAUCAUAUUUUUCAUGUAACUAAAACAUUCAGUAUGUUUUUAGUUUUUUCAGUAAAACCAGGGGUCUUUUGAAAUUGUAUUUUGUUGUUGUUGAAAAAAUGGAUUUUAGUUUCUCA